AUGGAACUUGACAUUGGAGUCACUCAUUCAGAUUUUACUCUUGAUGAGUACUGGUUUGCAUCAGAUACAUCUAGUGGAUAUCUUGAAGAUGCAAUAACUGGUUGGGAUAUUUGGUGUAAGCAACAUAAUUUACCAUCCAAAGAGGACCAAUUAUUUGAAGACCAUAAAAAAUCAUCUUCAUCAUCAUCACAAAAUCAUGCAGUCAAACAUGAUUCACCUCAAAGGAGUUAUUGUGCUUCUAAAGAAUCAGAUGAAAAUGAUGCUUCAAUUUCAAGAGGGCAGUGGAAGAAAAUAGCAUAUCCAUUUGAGUUAGUGAAGCCCGGAGGAGUUGAAGGAAAAGAAGUUGCAGCACUUACUAGGAUUCAAACUAGGGGUAGAGGCUCCAUUACCAUUAUUAGAACUAAAGGUUGA